UCGCCCCAGGAUCUCCCGCACGACUUCCCGCGGGCUGAUGGCGUCUCUGGACGACCUGCCGGACCUGGUGCUGCUGGACAUCCUCUCGCUCCUCCCGGUGCGGGAGCGGGUCCGCAACGCCAGGGUCUGCCGGCGCUGGAAGAGGCUCGUGCGGGACCCCUUGACGUGGCGACACGCAGACCUGCCGCUCCAGGAGGUGCGCCCCAAGAUUGUCUGGCGUGUCCUUCGCCGCUACAUAGGGUCCAGCCUGCAGUCGCUGCACCUGCAGGGCUACCGAGUAUCGCGCACCACCUUACUGGAUAUGUUCCCGGGGUUCUUCAAGGCCUUGAGCUACAAGUGCCCUCACCUGCAGCGCUUGAGCCUGCAUAUGGCCAACCUGUUCUUCAUCCCCAUGGCCAGCCUGCCGCGCAGCAUUCGCCAGCUGGAGAUCCACAGCUGUGACAUCUCCCUGAUCUGGAUGUCACGUAAGGAGGACGAGGGCGCGCUGCCACACCUGGAGCAGCUGGUGCUGGACCAUGUUCCCUCCUUCCAGGACUGCCACCUGCACCGCCUCAGCUGCUUCCCGGCACUGCGCUCACUUAUCUUGGCUGGCACCUACCGCCUUACUGAGGAGGGGCUGAACAAAGGCCUGCAGGAGCUGAGCCACCUGCAGAGGAUUGAGGUGCUGGGCUGUGCCAUCUCAGCCGACAGCGCCCUGCAGGCCAUCAGCAGUCACCUCCGAGAAGUGCGCCACAUCCGGUUGACGGUCAAGGGCCUCUCUGGCCUUGGCCUGGUGUCGCUGGAGGGGAUCCCCACUUUAGAGAGCCUCAGUCUCUUGGCCACAGCCGACAGCAGGGAAGUGCGCACCCUCACCACCCAACUGCUCUCCUCCUGCCUCACCUUGCCCCGGCUAAGGGUCCUGGAGUUGCAGGGCCAGGGCUGGGAGGGGCACGAAGCUGAGGAGGAGAUGCUGAAGAAAGGGCUGCCACACUGUCUGAUCAUUAUUGGGGCGGCUCCCCCUCAGACCAUGGACUGGUGGAGGUUCGUCAGCAAUCCCAAAAAUGCUAACAAGUUCCUGCGGGGAACGCUGUCUUCAACAAGGAUCGGAGUGCGGAAUCCAUGUGUCCUCCCAAGAAUAUUUGACAUGUCCUCCCUGGCAUACAGGAUGACGCCUGCAUACUUGGCACGUAUAAGGUUGCCGCCUGUCAUGCUCCACAAUCGUCCGGAUGCUUACAGGUUUCCUCCAGCGGCCCCACCUGCCUUCAGCUGCCACCUUCUUGAUGUGCGCCACAUCCAGGUGAUGAUCAAGGGCCUUUUGGCUCGUGGCCUGGUGUCGCUGGAGGGGAUCCCCACACUGGAGUGCCUCAGAAUUUUUGCGAUAACUGACACUGGGGACGUGUUCACCUUCGCCACCCAACUGCCUCACCUUGCCCCGGCUGAAGACCAUGGACUGGUGGAGGUCAACCAGCAAACCCCUGAAUUCUCUCAAGUACCUCAAGAUGUGACGAGUACAAGGAUAGGAGUGUGGAUUCCGAGGUACAUUGGGGAGCCCAUCGCCCAUAGAAGAUUCUGGAACUUGGUCACCUUCUCAGAGGCCUUCCCCCCACCCUGCAUCUGGAAGAACAUCUCCGGAUCCCUCAACCCUGUCCCCAUCCUGUAUUUCUACAUGGCACUGGUGGAGGCAGCGGUACCUUUGGGAAAUCAUCUGACCAGGCGCAUGGUCUACCUGCCGCUCAUCCUCAGGACCAGCCUGCCUCACACCAUGCACCUGCUGGAGAUGCACAGCUAUGACGUCCCCCUUGUCUGA